AAUUAGAAAGAAUCCCAAAAAAAAAUUAAAAAUAAAAAAAAAGCAAAACAAUUGUCAGCAUUGUUGUUCUUUCCAAGUCCAAUACCCAAAUCCUAACUCAUAAGAACAAUGCUACGAAGUCUUACGCUUGCCACUUCUUCUUCUCUUCUUCCCUCAUUUCUAAACCUUUCUUUUCAAUCUCUCAAAAUUUCCCUUCUCUUUCUCUCGACUUUCUCUCCCUUUCCCUCAAGCCAAACGAUCCAUUUUCGUCUACAAAUCCCCCAUGAACAUCCUGAAAAACCUCGGCUUCGGAGCCAACAACAAGCCAACGCCGUCAAUGGAAAACUCCGCUAUCGCUCAGGGUACGGACGACGACGUCCCGGCUCCUGGUCAGCAGUUUGCUCAGUUCGGUGCGGGGUGUUUUUGGGGCGUUGAACUGGCGUUCCAGAGAGUUCCAGGGGUGACCAAAACGGAGGUUGGGUAUAGCCAAGGGUUCAUGCAUAAUCCAUGCUAUGAAGACGUGUGUUCGGGGACUACGAACCAUAAUGAAGUUGUGAGGGUUCAGUAUGACCCUAAAGAGUGUAGCUUUGACACUUUACUUGAUGUCUUUUGGGCUCGCCAUGAUCCUACCACCCUCAAUCGCCAGGGGAAUGAUGUGGGAACACAAUACAGAUCUGGUAUAUACUUUUACAUCCCUGACCAGGAGUUGGCGGCAAAGGAGUCCAUGGAAAAACAGCAGAAACUCUUGAACAGAAAGAUUGUUACUGAGAUUCUACCCGCCAGGAAGUUCUAUAGAGCAGAGGAAUAUCACCAGCAGUACCUUGCGAAAGGAGGUCGAUUUGGUUUUAAACAAUCUUCUGAGAAAGGGUGCAAUGAUCCAAUCCGAUGCUAUGGCUAAGUUGCCACCUUUCAAUAUGCAGUUCUUAAGCUUAUGAUUGUUAUAGUUUUCUGUUUUUGUCUGUCACUAGCGUAUUAUACUUCUAAACACCCUUUUUUGAUGAGGAAUGAAUGACUGCUUAUUUAUGUAGUUACUGAACAUGGAUUUGUAACUAUUUACAGUCCCCAGUCCAGCAUCUAUAUUUUGUAUCCCUAAAUUUAGAUGAUAUCAUGUUUAACGUCAAUGUGGCGAUUAUGUGUUAAUACUUAAAUAAUACCAUUGUGAAUCUGUGAUGGAGGAGGUUUCUUCCAUUCUUUUAGAAAGCCAAUGUAGUCACCUAAAGCCUAGAGACAGACAAUAGGAUGAUUACGGCAUUUUCCCUUGCAUUUCGCCUUUCCUUUGAUAGUCGAGAAUUUUCAGCCAUAAGAAGAACUGUAUUCUCACUUGAAUCAGUCGGAGGCAGAAUUGGAAUUGAGCAAAUUUAGGUGGUUGUAUAUUGGUUUGAUUCUCUUCUGCGGGGUUGUCUCUCGUCUGACCGGUGCUUGCUUUUUCUUUAUUAUUAUUUUUUUAUCUUCUUGUUAUUGCUCAAGCAACAGAAGAAAAAAAUUGAAAAAACUUAAUGCUGAAGCAACGACAUUUUUAGGAAACCGUCUGUACGAAAGCGGUAUGGAACAUCAGCUCUUUUAGGCUUUAGACAUAGCGAAUCUUCUGCCACGUUUUUCUUGUUGUCAUCACAAUUAAGAGUCGACACUUUUCGUAAUCCCCGGAUCCAUUAAGCAGUUUUGUUCAAACCAUUUAUGCAUCUCUUUGUGCUUAGACACGAAAACCAUGAGUCAAGAGUCUUCCGACGCACCAGGCAACCACACCUUUCAACACGUUUAACAGGAAACGCGGAAUGCUGGUGAGAUGCGACUCUCUGAUGCCAUUAAGGCUUUUAGUUCUAGCAGAAAUCACGCUAAACGCUGAAGAAGCAAUCAUCAAAGAGAACGGAACUUAACCAGAAAUUUGGGAUGCCAAGCAUCAAAUUCUGUAACAAAAAUUUUAGUUGCCACACUCUGCAAGAUAAAUGUCGGCAUUGCCAAAUCUGAUAGUAAAACUAGUAGAUAUAAUGCAUGCACAAAUUUAUCCGAGCAGUCCUAGGAAAUUCUGAACAAGGCAGUUUGGUUUGACCUCCAAGUAUACAU